GCUUCGGACCGCGUAAUUCAGGUAGGUCCAAUUCAGGCUCCCUGCCCAUUCUUCUCAACCUCUCAAAAGCUCCCAUCUCUAUCAAUUUUCUUGAUUCGCACGUGCAGAGCGGCUUAUUGUUAUAGUCGUGCCCACAUCUCCCUAUCUAAGUACUAUCAGUACCUACUCUGUACCAUCCCUUAAGCUCUAGCCUCGACGGCUCCGAGCUAUUCAAAGGCUCCAAGAUGAAUAAGAAUUGGAACGAUAGAGCCGACAAAGACCUCUUCUUCACCAUCCUGUCAGUCAAGAACAUCGGUGUAAUAAGUGGCGCAGAAUGGACAACUAUUGGUAAUCAUAUGCGAUCCCUUGGCUACGGCUUCACCAACGAAGGAUGCCGUCAACAUUUCCAGGGCCUUCGCAGAGCUCAGCAUAAAACCGAUUCAAACGGGGAUAGCCAGCGCAAGUCUGACCCGACUGAAAAUCCUAUCACGCGACGUCCCGGCCCGGGCCGUGGCCGACCUAGGAAACAGCCCCCUGCACCUGUUGCCGAUUCGGAUCAAGCACCCUCUUCAAAGCCAUCAAGCCAAAUCAAUGAGGAUGACCUUAAUGAUGCCGCCGCAGCUAUGGACGCUAUCGCUGUUGAGGAGACGGACUCACUGAGUCUGGCGCAAGACGACUCGGCCCUCGAUGAACAACCUGCAAAACGACAGCGCCUUGAGAGCGACGACCAGAGCGACGACGACGCGGCUGUUCUCGCUCUAGCAGCCGAUGGACUACCUGGGCCUGACGAUCAUUAUGACCCGCCGGAGUAUUACGGCGAAGCUUAAUAGCUAUAGCGUUUGAUUAUAGGAUGGGGGUUUUCUAACAUUAGAAGAUCGGACGGCAACGAUGUGUCAGAUUCAUUUUCAUGCCAAAUGCCGGUUCGUUUGAGCUGCGUCGUCUUUUGCCUGAAGCUAAUAGAGAACGAGAACUCACGUUUGCUUCUCCUGGGAAUGUGAGACGAGAGGAACGUCUCAGGGAAGCUUCUGUACAACACCGCGGCAUCGCGUUGAUCGGUAGUCUGGAGUUUUAAGCGGGAUAGGUAUUAAUCGGAAUAAAAUUCGUGGAUAGUCAAUCAAUCCAGUCAUGUCGUAAAAUUGAGCAUCUAAAUCACAAGAAUAAAGGAUGGGAC